GCGAUCGGCUGAUUAUAUAUUUUCGCUUUGAAGACGGUCGUGCGGCAAAUUACUAGCAUUAGUGCGAGAACGGAAUGUAUCUGUUCAGCGAGCUGCAUUUCCCUGUCACCUUAGAAAUACUGGACCCCGUAUUGCCGGAGUCGAGUCGGCAUAGCAUGUAGGAAGCCAGCGAGAAGCUGAGGGAGACACUUAACGAAUUUUGAUACUUAAGGGCGUUAAUAACGCGACCUCGAAAGAAUACAGUGCAGGAUAUAGACCUGCAGCUAACUGGAUUUGAUUUAUACGAGGAAAAUCUGCAGUAAAUGGCUACGCUGUUCAUAUUGCCAGAAUGGAAAAUAGAAUUGUCGAUAGGAUGUGGCCUGAUAAAUAGCGCCUUGUGAAGAUGCCGCUCCAAUAACUGUGAAAUCAAUGGGAAAUACUUGCCAUGCGAAAAGCCUUUGAGAUUUUGACAGCAUUGUGUUCUGGGGGUUUGAUACCUUUGCUUAGAUUGCCCUGUCUUGCAAGUGGAUAUAAAUAGGAUUGCUUUUAGUGCAGCUAUACAGAAAUAAUUUUGGACGAUGUCACUUCAGAAAUCACCAGGAUUUAACUAUAUGUGGCGGGUGAUGAAGGUGCAGCUACACUCAGGAGUGGAUGUCACUUUUGUCCUCUGGAUACUUGGAUUUACGCUGCAGGCAGCUGUUGUCUCAUCCCAGAAGCUUGAUGAAUCGGACCCAGUGGUAACAACCACUUAUGGUAAAUUGCGAGGAUUUAAAAAGGAACUCAACAAUGAAAUUUUGGGCCCAGUUAUACAGUUUCUUGGUGUUCCGUAUGCUGCACCUCCAAUUGGAGAGCGCCGGUUUCAGCCCCCGGAGCCACCAGUCCCUUGGUCUGAAAUACGCAAUGCUACCCAGUUUGCCCCAGUUUGUCCCCAGAAUAUCUUGGAAGGAAGGCUGCCAGAGGUUAUGCUUCCUGUGUGGUUCACAAAUAAUUUGGACAUAGUUACAAGUUAUGUUCAAGACCAGAGUGAAGACUGCCUUUUCUUAAAUAUCUAUGUUCCAACAGAGGAUGGUCCCCUUACAAAGAAACAGAAUGAUGAUUUAGGUGAUAAUGACGGUGCUGAAGAUGAAGACAUUCGGGAAAGUGGUAGCCCAAAGCCAGUAAUGGUGUUUAUCCAUGGAGGUUCAUACAUGGAGGGAACUGGCAAUAUGUUUGACGGAAGCAUCUUGGCAAGUUAUGGCAAUGUUAUAGUCAUCACAGUGAACUACAGGCUUGGUGUAUUAGGUUUCCUAAGUACGGGUGACCAAGCUGCUAAAGGAAACUAUGGACUGCUCGAUCAAAUCCUAGCCUUACGCUGGACUAGUGAGAACAUUGCAUUUUUUGGUGGUGAUCCCCUAAGAAUAACUGUUUUCGGAUCAGGGGCAGGUGCUUCCUGUGUCAAUCUUUUGACUUUGUCCCAUUAUUCUGAAGGUAACCGUUGGAGCAAUUCAACCAAAGGACUCUUUCAAAGGGCGAUAGCACAGAGUGGCACUGCUCUCUCCAGUUGGGCCGUGAGCUUCCAGCCAGCAAAAUAUGCCAGGAUGUUGGCCACCAAAGUGGGCUGCAACCUUGUCGACACCCUUGACUUAGUGGAGUGCCUUCAAAAGAAGCACUACAAAGAAUUGGUGGACCAGGACAUCCAGCCUGCUAGGUACCAUAUAGCCUUUGGACCAGUCAUUGAUGGUGAUGUCAUACCAGAUGAUCCUCAGAUUCUGAUGGAGCAAGGUGAAUUUUUGAACUAUGACAUCAUGUUGGGUGUGAACCAAGGAGAAGGACUGAAAUUUGUGGAGCUUAUUGUCGAUAAUGAAAAUGGAGUACAGGCCAAUGAUUUUGAUUAUGCUGUCUCAAGUUUUGUGGAUGAUUUAUAUGGCUAUCCAGAUGGAAAAGACAUUCUUAGGGAAACGAUUAAAUUUAUGUACACUGAUUGGGCUGAUAGGCAUAAUCCUGAAACAAGGAGGAAGACUCUUCUGGCGUUGUUUACUGACCACCAGUGGGUGGCACCAGCUGUUGCAACAGCUGAUCUUCACUCGAGUUUUGGAUCUCCAACUUACUUCUAUGCCUUCUAUCACCAUUGCCAGACCGACCAAGUGCCAGCAUGGGCUGAUGCAGCACACGGAGAUGAGAUUCCAUACGUUUUUGGUCUCCCGAUGAUUGGCCCUACAGAGCUGUUUCCAUGCAAUUUCUCUAAAAAUGAUGUCAUGCUAAGUGCAGUUGUGAUGACCUACUGGACUAAUUUUGCAAAAACUGGUGAUCCAAACCAACCAGUGCCCCAGGAUACAAAAUUUAUUCAUACCAAACCUAACCGCUUUGAAGAGGUGGCGUGGACCAGGUAUACACAAAAAGACCAGCUGUACUUGCAUAUUGGUUUAAAGCCCAGGGUCAAAGAGCACUACAGGGCAAAUAAAGUAAACCUUUGGCUCGAGUUGGUGCCUCAUCUGCACAGCUUGAAUGAAGUAACCCAGUUCUCAUCCACAACCACAAAAGUUCCACCACCAGAUGUAACUCCAAGAACACCUAAGAAAAUCCCAGGAAUUACCAAGCGUCCGGUAACGCCCAUUCCUCCUACAGAGAGUCAUCAUAGUGAGAAUCAGCAGGAAGAUCCUUUCUUGGUGAACCAGCGAGAUUAUUCUACAGAGCUGAGUGUCACAAUUGCAGUUGGGGCAUCUUUGUUGUUUUUGAACAUCUUGGCUUUUGCUGCACUCUAUUACAAAAAGGACAAGCGAAGACAUGAUGUCCAUAGGAGGUGUAGUCCCCAGCGCAACACUGCCAAUGACCUUAUUCACACACAAGAGGAGGAGAUUAUGUCUUUGCAAAUGAAGCAUACAGAUCUAGAUCAUGAGUGUGAUUCCAUCCAUCCACAUGAUGUGGUUCUGAGAACUGCUUGUCCACCUGAUUAUGCUUUAGCGAUGAGAAGGUCGCCUGAUGAUAUUCCUUUAAUGACCCCCAAUACCAUCACAAUGAUCCCCAAUACUAUACCUGGGAUUCAGCCCCUGCAUACGUUUAACACUUUUACUGGUGGGCAAAACAACACCUUGCCUCAUCCUCACCCACAUUCACAUUCAACGACCAGGGUAUAGCCAGACAGGACAGACCAUAUAAACUCUUCUGCAACUCCUCCUGGUAUGGAAGCUGUCUUGGUAAACUUUUUACGGGUUACUGUAUAAGGAGAUAAUGUUUUAUUUUGGUGAAAUAUCCUUGUUUGGGGUAUUACUGGAAAAUAAAAGGAAGAACAACAAAAAACCUUCUUUUGGCGAAGGAUUAUCAUUUUCAUGAAAACUGACAACAGUUGCAGUGUGCAAUUGUCAUACAAAAAUAAGGAGGGGUGGCACUAAAAUUGUUAAAAGAAUGUUUCCACAAGGCUGGGAAAUGUACAGCGAACCUUCGCAAGCCAAGAACCAAUGCAACUCAACAAAUUAGGCAUGCGCAACGCAAAUGAUACAAAUGUAAAGAAAAAAAAACAGAAAA